AUGAAAGCUGGACUCUUCACAUUCAUCCGGGAUCAACUUCGGACGGUGCCGCCCGUCGUGCAGGGUGAUCUGACCGGAAAGACGAUCAUGCUUGUCGGCGCAAACGCCGGUAUAGGCUUGGAGGCAUCGAAGCACUUCGCGCGUAUGAAGCCCGCCCGGCUUAUCCUAGCUUGUCGCAACGAGCAGAAGGGCAAGGCGGCUAUCAAGGCGAUCCAAGAAGCUACUGGUUACGCCAACGCCGAACUCGUGCAAGUUGACCUCGACAAGUUUGCAUCGAUUGAUGCCCUGGCGGCCCGGUUCGAGAAGGAACAACUGGCUCUCGAUAUCCUCGUCUACAAUGCCGGUGUCUUGAUGACCAAACAUGAACUUUCGUCUGACGGUUGGGAACCUACCUUACAAGUGAACGCGCUCUCCGCGAUGCUCUUCAGCGUCCUUUUCGUACCCGCUUGCUUGCGGGCCGCGGAGGCGCGUCCAUCUUCGCACCCGCGGAUCGUCAUCGUCGGAAGCUUUGUGCAUUAUCUUGCGGUAAUGCCGAAGAGCGUGCUCCAGGCCGAUAGCAUCCUGAGACAACUCAACAAGCCCGAAGAGUUCAAGCAGACUGCUCUGCAACCCCGAUACAACCAGUCGAAGCUCCUUGGGUUAUUCGUUACCCGCGCAUUGGCCAAACACCUUGCUCGGACUCCGAUAAUUGCCCUCAACCCACAUCCGGGGUACUGCUACUCCGAACUGCGAAGAAACUACGGUCGACUGGAUGCAAUCUCAGACUGGCUCAUGGAGAAGCUGCUUGCGCGCACAUCCGAGGAGGGCUCGCGCGACUUGGUAUAUGCGGCUGUUGGAGGCACGGAGGACGAGGACGCGCUUCGCGGCGCGUUCACGAACUUGCAGCAUGUACAGGAGGCAAGCGACUUCGUCAUCGGAGAGGUUGGACAGGAGACGCAGAAGCGUGUAUGGGCUGAAGGCGUGGCUAUCCUAUCAGAGGCAUCACCGCGUUUCAAAGAAAUUGUUGAUAUCCAUCUUUCGGCUUGA